AUGGCAAAUUUUGAUGAAAUGGCAAUGUUAUUUGCAAUUGAUAAUAUUGAAGAGAAUGAACGUGCAAUGAAUGUACGACAAAUACGAAGGAAAGAGACAAUUUCGGAUCCAUUUGAUACAUCAGAUAGACUGUUCAUAAAAAAUUUUAGACUUACUAAAGACCUUGUAAAGUAUUUAAUUGAACUUUUACGACCAUUUAUAGUUUCAAAAAGCCGCCUGUCUGCUAUUGAUUUAGAUACAAAAAUUCUAGUAACGUUGAAUUUUUUGGCUACUGGAUCAUACCAGUCUCCAAAUGGUAAUAGUAAGUUUAUAGUCUUAUCACAACCGUCUGUAUCUCGUUGUAUAAGUGAAGUUGUAGAGGCACUAAACCGGCCAGAAAUAUUUGACAAAUGGGUUAAGUUUCCUAGUAACCUGAAUGAGCUGACUGAAAUCCGUAAUGGUUUUUAUAGAGAAACUGGAUUUCCUGGAGUGAUAGGAUGUAUUGACUGUACUCAUGUAGCGAUUGUACCUCCUUCAAAUAAUUUAAAUUUGAAUGAAAAUGAAAAUCCCGAAUACAUUUAUGUGAACCGUAAGGGAUAUCAUUCCAUAAAUGUCCAAUUGAUUUGUGAUUCAAAAUUAAGAGUUUUAAAUGUGAACGCACUAUUUCCUGGCAGUACCCACGACACCCAUAUAUGGAACAAUAGUUCUGUUUUACCAGUAAUGCAGGAAUUACACAGACGCAAUCAUCAUAACUUUUAUUUAUUAGGUGAUUCCGGAUAUCCCUUACGUCAAUGGCUAUUGACACCAAUUACAAAUCCUACAACAGACCCUGAAAAAUAUUACAACCAAAAAUAA